GCAGCGCCAGUUCCGGUCCUAAAUGCCGGUUUCGUUUUCUUUUCUACCUUGUAGACUGUUCACAUCUAUCCAAAAAGUUACUUCCUUCAGUCACUGACCAAAUAUCAAUCAAUUACACGAUAACGAACAUCAUACAUACGAUCAGUCAUCUUCAAAUCUUGAAAUCCUCAUCUAGUUGGGUAUUCAGUCUACUACUGCUAUUGGUGUUCACGAAUUCACUGAACGAAGUUUGUGGAACGUUCAGACCCGUUAUUAUGGAUUCGGUUAGACAAGUUGUUACACGUACUGCUCUUGGACUUGCCGAGUAUGUAACGCCUAUACUAAAAGCGUCUAAAUUCCGGGAAACAGGAGUCAUCACUCCUGAAGAGUUUGUGGCAGCAGGGGACUUCUUAGUUUAUCAUUGUCCAACUUGGCAAUGGGCAACUGGCGAUAAAGGUACUCGUCCUUAUCUUCCCAAAGAAAAACAGUAUCUGAUUACUCGCAGUGUACCUUGCUAUAAAAGAGUGAAGCAAAUGGCAGAUCAUAACGAAGAGUUUGAGGAAGUGUUAGAGGAAGAGGAUGGUGAUGGUGGUUGGGUAGACACACACCAUUAUGCGACUAAAAGUGACAAUCCUGAGAUAGAAAAUGCAAAUGAAAUGACUGUUUUGAAAUCGGACAGUAUAUUGAAUCAUCAGCAAAGUAACACAGUUUCCGAUUGUGAUGAAGAAGAGGAUGAAGAUAUGGAAGCUUUCUUGCAAAGUGGUAUGUUGGAUGAAUGCGAUCCGGCAGCUGUUAGUGCUCGUACAAAGGUACUCAAUACAUCAAGCACAAACCAAACGACAUUACAUUCCGGAGUAGACCAGAAGGCAAAUUGUGAAAAUAACGGGAUUCUGCAAUUAAGAACUUAUGAUUUGUAUAUCACAUAUGAUAAAUAUUAUCAAACUCCACGUUUGUGGUUGUAUGGUUACAAUGAACAUCACCAACCGUUGACAGAAGCUGAGAUGUAUGAGGAUUUCAGUCAGGAUCACGCGAGGAAGACUGUUACGACUGAAGCACAUCCGCACUUGUCCGGCCACAUGAUGCCGUCCAUUCACCCGUGUCGACAGGCUGAUGUAAUGCGAAAAUUAAUUGAAGCUGUAGCUGACGGUGGGGCCGAAUUAGCUGUUCAUCAAUAUCUUAUGAUAUUUCUAAAAUUUGUCCAAGCUGUUAUACCUACAAUUGAAUAUGAUUAUACUCGAAAUUUCAAUCUUUCUUCAUUUGCUUAGUGUCUAUCGUCCUCAUGAUUUAUAUAUUUUGGCAGUUUUAUUGACCCAUUGGACUAUUAUGGUUAAUGCUUCUUCAUAGCUCGCUUGUAUUUCAUCUUUUUAUUUAAAAAAAAAGCAUAAUGCUCGGAUGUUAUAUUCCAAUGCCUUUAGAGUUGAUCAUUUGUUAACUUUAAUGAGUAAUAUAUACGGGUUUGUGUAAAUGCUCUUUUUUAAUUCCAAAUGAAAUCCCCUAUGUAUAUACGGUUAGUACUGCUCUAUUGCUGUCUAUUUUGUUCCUGGUUGCUUGUGAACAUGUUUCUCUCGACAACAAAAGCUUUACUGAGUUGGUUCUCGAUGGAUCAUGUCCCGUUCGAUCUCUUAAGGAGAAGUAUAAAAGUUGUUCAACUCGAAUGAGACUCUGAGUUAUGGAGUUUUUUUUAUCUUACUGGUCUUAAGAUGACGUUGGUUUUGUUGUUCUCUGUUCUAUAGACCACCCUGAGCUCAAGACCACUAUCUUUAUUCACUGACCGAUUAUCUACCAACUACAUAUUGACUUGAACUGUACAUUAUUAGCUUACUCGCCAGAUUCUCACGCUUGGACCACUGAGUCUUUUCUGAGAGGGCAACCCAACGGCGAACAUUACAGUCGCUUUUCUUCUGCAUGAGUUUGUGAUUUUCAAAGCUAGCCCUUACGCUACAAAUGAGUCAUACAAUGUAUAAAGUAUUCUGGACAGGGACCACAUUAGCUCAUACCCUGUGAUUCCUUCGGUGUUUGAAUUAAUGGUUUCACCAUCCUCGUACUGGAUCACAAUGAAAACAAUGUUCUUUCUGCAGGGAAUUCUGUGUAGAACUUAGUUGUUCGUCUAUAUAAGUUUUAAAUGUGAUUCCAGGUGGCCUUACUGGGCUUCAGCUGAUUCCAGUUUUAUUGUUUUCUACCUUGUAGACUAUUCAUCUCGGUCUGUAAGAUCACUACAUUUGCUGACCGAGUUCAUAUCAACUACAUUGAACUCAAUAUCUCACAAUUCGCACUGCUCCUAAAGAAUGAAAGGUGGUUUCCAGCCAUUACUCAACAUUUCGCGUUCGUAUAAUCCUAUUGUAAUUCGGAAUCCAGAUAGAAUGUCUAGAAUAAGGCAAUUCGGAUUUCUAGCCUUCUUUGUGCUUCCAAUGGCCGGUGCACUUGGAAUAGCCACAACCUUCAAAAAGUAUUCAAAGGAGUACAAGGGUCCAGAAAUAGUGAAAUAAUGUAGUGUUUGUCAGUCAUUAUUUUAUAUAGUUUAGAAGAGACUAGUGUUUAUUUGUUCGUUUUUAUGGUAGAAUAACUUUAAGCUGAUGAUAGUUUGCGCUGAACAUCUUUCAUUAGUGUCCGACGUGGUUCAAUAAUUGAAAGAUAAGUUCCCUGGACAGCAUUCUUUUGAUAUAUAUUAAAGUCGAAGGUUUAUCCAGUCAUUAGAAAUAGUAUAUUAGGAUCUAGUGGUUUGCAGCAGGUUGCGAGUUUUACUGCAUAAAGUUCGUGCACAUGUAAUAGGGGAUAGACGCGUUACUCAACUCCACGAGAGUUUAAUGUUCCCGAGAUUUCAUUUUGCACCUAGUGAUCAAAGACUGACAAAUCAUUAAUGCAGAUUAACUUUGGUCCUUCAUUUUAAAUUGUUUUAGCUUCUCAGCGAAUUUCUUUUGUCAUCUAUUAGAUCCUUAUCCAGACUUAAAAUUAUGCAUGAUUCGAUAGUUUUCUCAUUUCUAGUAGGAGAUGACAUACAAGCGAGUCUGUGAUAACUACUAAUGUUGCUAACAAGAAUGGCCACUAUUUGUAAUUUUACUAGUCCAGUAGAGGUAGCUACUACAUAGUCACUUCCAUUUGUCAAAUCAAAAUGUGUAUGCUUAAAGCACUCUGUAAGCAUCCAGACAUCGUCUGACAUGGCAACUCCCGAAACCAGUCUAGCCAUACACUCAAGUCAAACCCGCCAACUAUCGUUGAAUCGGAUCAGUAUAAGACUCAUUCAGUUGCACGCUUGUCUGUCAUACUGGAUGCAAAACCACAACAGGAACAUUGCUUAGAGCUCAGCUUAACAGUAGAAAAGUUAGCCAAUCGUAAAAGCGCUUUUCACCGCUAUAUAAUUUAAGAAAAUGUCCAAACAGCAGAGGGAUUUAUUAGUGACGAAACUAAUUGCUUAAAAAAACAUGAACUCAUGCUAUAAAUAUGGCCGCUAAAGUAUGGAUUGUUGUUGCCCUAUGGUGAAUGGUAUUCAGUAUGUUGAAUCCGAAGGUUUUAACACAAGUCUCACACCAACUGCACAUAUAAAAGGUCCGGUAAACCUAUUUGCGUACUGCUUUCUUCACAAUGCUACUCAGAUGCAUAUCACUUUAUGUUCGACGUCAUUUCGUUUACGUACUAAGCAUUGCACUGCGAAAUAUGUCGACAAGCAGGAAAAUUUGGUGACACAGUUUUUGUUGAUACAUAAAUCAACACAUAUAUACAAUUAGACCCCAAAUAGUCACAUCUACUUGUGUAUUGUCGUGAAAGAGAAAAACACCUGUACUGGCUGGAGUCAUACGUAAAAUUGAAAGGUCAAAGACAAUUGCAAGGUGGAAAUACCAUUCCCAUAAAGUACAUCCGCUGUACAAACUGACAGGAUAAAAAAUACUGAUAUGCAGUAAACAGGUGUUUUGCAUUUAAUCCGAUAUUGGGAUGGUUAAGUGUAAAAAGAAAGUUGAUAAAACGUAUAAAGGUGGAGGUCCUUCUUACUUAAUUACUUACGCCUGUUACUCGGAAAGUUACCCCGUCAGUCUUCGAACACGAAGAGCGAAGGCAAUGUGGAGGUUAACAGGGAGUUUACACAACUAUCGUUUGCUUGUUGCAGGAAAGGUACGGUAAACUUCUGUCCUCUCAAUCAACGAAACAACCGUUUUAAUCUUGAAUUUCCAAGUGCUAGUUCAUUAAAACAUUUUAAAAGGUUAAAUGGCCAUUUCGGACAUCUGAAAAGAAUGUGCAGAUUUAUUUGCUUUCAUUCAGUGACAUCAGAUUUUCAGAACCUACUAAUUUGUAGCGUCAGACAUUUUACUUAAUGACUUUCAUCGUAUAAGUACCAAAAUCUGACUGGAGGUUACCUUCGCAUUUUUAUUGGUUAAGAACAUUAUACCGGCAUUCGGAACUACUGUUGCUUAUAGAGUUUGUCUGCUUCAUCAUGAAAACCAAACAUGCGGAGCUAAAAGCUUUUCUAGAUUUAAACGUAGCAGGCGUUAUAUAUUGAAACGACCUAGUACAGAUCACUUGGUCAAUAGUAUACAGACAAAAUAGUUCACAUCAAGACUUCUUUACCUUCAUAUUAAAGAGACGUAAAACUGUAUACAAAGUGUAUCUUUCUUCCACCCAUGUGGUUAUUCAUCAUCCUAGACUUUCAGACUAUCCGUUAAUCUACCGUAGUCUAAAAAUUACACUGGCGUCACUUAAUUGAAUGGACAACUACGGCAGACUACAGAUAUACGUAAGUGUUUUUAAAAUAUUUAGCUUACAUCCAACCUAAGCAAGUAAAACGUCAAUAGUAUAGCCUGGCUAUGAAUGUUAUAUUCUGAAAAAGUACCGACAAUUCAAAAGGAAAGUUAUGAAUAUCGGAUUUAAACGAGAUACGGCUGUCGAACUCCUGAACAAACGGAUCUCAAAAUCCCUGAAUGAGACGUCUUACUCAGCCAAGCUCUGUAUUGUUUCCUCAAGCCAGUUUACCAUUCACGGGUUUCCAACUUAUGCCACAUCGAUGUGCAUCUAUAAAUCUAGUCGCUCCCGUGGGGUAUGUUACAUUGGUCACAAAUCUAUCACUUCCCAAGCGCAUUUCAGAACACUGCCCGGCGCGGCUUUUAAGAAGGGUGCAAAACAAUCAGUUCUAUAUAUGAGCAUCUGACCAGCUCAGGGCGUCGUCCCGCAUGAGUAUUUCUUCAACGUAAUAUACACAAUCAAGGGAACUGGAUCAAAAAAGCCAUAUCAAAAACAGGCUGGAGACUUACCCAUUAAUCUCCGAACUCUACGUGCAAACGCGAGACGUCCAACUUCUUGUCCUUCAUUUGCGUUAAUGCCCUUCUGCAAAACGUCCUUAUUAGUUUUAUGAUUUUGGACUGUAAUCGGUUGUCACUGUCCUUUAGAAAUUCUUCAACAUUAUUACUCAGUCACUUUGAACUGUAUGCUUUUCAUUUUUUCUUCAUAACUGUCAAGGGGAUAACUAUCUUUCAAAAGUCUAACCCGUAAAUUACUUCCGUCCUUCUAUUCUUCUCUAACCCUCGGAUUAUUGCGCAUCCUCUCAGACCACUUUAUGAUACAACCCUUUCUAACAUUUUAUAGACUUAUUCGUCAUACAACUAUAAAUGCGAAUGUACAGCUUGAGUAGACGAUUUCAUUGUAAAGAAAAUUCCUUGGGUGGGUCUUUUCUAUUCUGCAUGUUAAUUGUCAACCGACUUUUUGUGAUUUUCCUGAAAAGAAUUCGGCACGAUGGUAAAACC